AUGGCGUGCUGUGCCAAUCUCGCGCCUGCGUUGCUGCUACACGUCAAUUUGUUACUGAUGGUGCUGGUUGGCGGAGUUUUGCUGACGGGGCUGCGUGCAUGCUGGGAUCCUACACUUUAUGUGCCAGCACGCGAACUUUUUCCGCUCGAGUUUCGUGUUACCGCCGUGCUGCUGCCUACGCUGGCCCUUGUCACGCUGAUCGCCGGUCACGCUGCACUUCUUGCGCUACAAUCUCAUCGCCGCUCUCUGCGUCGCGUGCUUCUUUAUAUGUACGCUGGAAUCCUCGUGGCAUGCAGUAUCGCACAAACAGCUUGUGGAGGCUGGGUAUGGGCACGCACCACCGAGUGGACGCAGGGUGAGCAAGCGCGGGAGGUCCGACGCGCGGCGGCAUUAGGUGAACACUUACAACCAUUAUUGGAAGAGUUAGCACAGUGGCCAUCACUACCCCAGAUUGCGCGUGUGGCCGCACUGAUGCGCGAAGCACGCGAUGAUCUGCCGCGUCAGCUUCGAGCGCUGAGCGCUGCUGCCGUAAUGCUUUUGACGUUGCAAUUGCUAGCAGCACUGUUAGCGCUGAUCUCAGCUAUUGGCCCACCACGCCGCGCUCCUUCAAUACUAACACUCUCCACACCACUCAGGGUAGCAGUCGCAAAGGAAAGUCUCGAGCGGUGUACCGUGGCGGAAGACUGUGGCUGCUGCAGGAUGACCGCAACGAGGACGCGCCACUUGCUUGCACCUGAGACCCCUUGCUCCAGCCACACUUCACUGCCUAUUUGCACGAGGACAUUCACUUCUUAG